AUGAGUCGUGAGUCGAUGAAACGUGAGGUCUAUGUAACUUCAGCCCUAGACGAACUGAAACGUGCGUCAGAUAUUGACAAUUCUACUACCAUUGGAUUAAUAGAGAAAAAGCUUCCAUUCUCGGAUCGUUUGAAAUGGGCCACGCAUCAACAAACCAAGGGCAUUCAACCGUCAAUCAGUACCUUGCUUGAGUGGAUGAAAGGCGAGAUUUGGAUUCGACAAGUCGCUGGUGCUGAAAUUCGCAGUGUACAUUCUUCACAGAGUAAACAUGCUGUAAAUCUGGUCGGGACAGACGAUAAGGAUGUUACAUCACCGCAAUCACAGGCCCGAUCACAACAUGGGACAGAGGUGCCGUUUGUUGACAAUUCAACCUACCAAAAGCCAGCGGAAAUCGGCCAGGUGCCGUCGAGACGUACAAGUUGGAACUGCUGGGUUUGCAAUAAAGAUGUUCAGCACAAGCCUGAAGACUGUCAAACGUUUAAAGAUAUGAACUUAGAAACGCGAUUGACUGUAGUGAGGAAAGCUCGGGCGUGUUACUUUUGCUUGAAUAUACAUAGGGCUCUGUGUCGCAGUCGAAAACGCUGUGAAAUUGUCACUGGUAGUGAAAGUUGUCCUUAUAGUCACCAUCCGUUGCUGCAUGGUGCCUCUUUUGACCGAGCUGCAUCAAACACGUCCGUCAGCAUGUGUAGUAGUAAUUUGUUGCCUGUUCUGAAAGUUAAUGGUAUUAAUCCUAGAACCAAUGGAAGCAAAAGUGGCAUUCGUCUUUUUGAUAGUGGGUCACAGCUUUCAUUGAUUCGUUCCGACUACGCACGCACCUUAGGCUUAAGUGGUGAAAACAUAGUCAUAAACAUCAGCAAAGUUGGGGGUCAAGAGGAAUUGCUCGAAACACAAGUUCACAAGUUACAGGUGCAGUCACUCGAUGGAAAAUCUCAGUAUAUAAUUAGAGUCAUCGCGAUUGAUAAGAUAAGUGCUGAUAUCGCUUCGGUUGAUCCAAAAUGCUUGAAUAUGUGCGAAAACAACUCAGCGUUACUAAAUCGAGGAGCAGGCCCCGUCGAUAUUCUCAUUGGUUUUGACCACGCAAAGUUUUUCAGUGGGAGCACAGAUGUCCAGGGGAGAUUUGCCAUUCAUCAUUCAAUUCUUGGGACGGUGAUUUUUGGGGCGAUGGCAGUCAACCAUGGAAUGACACAUGGACUUUAUCAGGUUUCUCUAUUAAAACCCGUUGAUAUGUCAACUUUCUGGUCUACUGAAGAAAUGGGAGUAGCAUUGAACCCGUGUUGUGCAGGUGUUAAGAAGAGUCAAGAUAAGCCACUUGGGUUGAUCGAGAAGAGGGAAGCAACGAUGAUUCGGGACAGCGCAACAAAGGUUGGGAACCGUUGGAUGAUACCACUACCAUGGCGUCGUGAUCCUGCCGAGUUUCCAGACAACUAUAAUCAAGCAAAGGCCAAACUUGUCAGCACAGAAAAACGAUUGAUGAGAAACCCUGAGCAUUGGAAAAUGUAUGAUGGACAAAUCAAAGCGCUUGUGGAAAAGGGAUCAGCAAGGAAACUAACUCAAGAGGAGAUCCAAACGCAUACAGGGCCUGUACACUACAUUAGUCAUCACGCAGUAUACAGUCCAGAAAAGAAGACAACUCCGUGUCGCAUCGUCUUCAAUUCAGCUGCGAGUUAUCAGGGACAUGUACUAAACGAAUAUUUGCGGAAAGGACCAGAUUUGCUCAAUAAUCUUCUGGGGGUGCUAACACGAUUUCCAGAGAACCACGUAGCCAUCGUAGGGGAUGUAUCAAAAAUGUAUCACCAAAUUCUAGUUGAUCCCGUACGUGAUGCACACACCCAUCGAUUCUUAUGGCGGGACUUCGAAAAGCGCGCGCCAGACGUGUAUGUUAAGCAGGUGCUAACAUUUGGAGAUGUCUCAUCACCAGCACUAGCUAACACAGCUAUUGACCUCACCACAGAAGAAUACGAAGAGACCUUCCCGGAGGCUGUGGCCACGAUCAAGCGGUGUCGCUACAUGGAUUACAUUGGCGAUUCGUUACCUACUAUCCCAGCAGCAACCAAACGUACUGAGGAGAUCGAUGAAAUAUUCGAUAGCGGACACUUCAAAAUAAAAGAAUGGAUUUCGAAUGAACAACUUGGGAGAAAUGGAAACCCAGCAACGGAUAAUUCGGAUCAGAUGGGAGACGAGAAGUUUUUGGGAGUGUUGUGGGACAGGGACCAGGACAACAUAUCAAUACCCAUGAAGAUACCCAAAUGUUUAUCUCGGCGACCGUGGAACGCACAUGCUGGAACAUGCCUGACAAACUAA